UGACUCUCACCAGGUCCCCCGGCCGAGGAUUUACCCCAGUAAUUACUGGGCAUCUCUGACUGGGAGGAGGACUGCUUUGUUUACUAACAGUCCUCCUCCCUGUCAGCUCAGGCACACUGCCCUGGAUGGCUAGCAGUGUGAUUACAGUAAAGCCCACACACACCGCCCCCCAGUAAAACACUCCCUGCACACAAUUACCCUUUGAUCGCCCCUCAUGUUAACCCCUUCUUGCCCAGUGCCAUUAGUACAGUGUCAGUGCUUUUUUUUUAGCACUGAUUACUGUAUUGGUGUCACUGGGGAUGUCAGUAACACCAAGUCAGUUCCCCCCAGUGUCAGAAUACCCGCCACAGUCCCGCAGCCCUGCUAUAAGUCGAUG